GGUUUUCCCAAAUUAAAAAUUCAAAAUCACUAACCCGUAGCAACACAAACAAGUUUUGCUGCUUUUGUGCCUGUUCGUUUUUAUUUUCUAUACCAGUUUCCGUGAGACAGAGGUGCCGUUAACACGUAUUUUAAAACGAAAAUAUCAAUCCCCAAAAUGCUGAAGGAAAUAUGCUUUGUGUUGAUAUUCCACGCAGCAGUACUGCAAAGCGCCCCAUCGGGGGAUUCCCACGAUAUCAAGAAAAUUCUGAUCAUCGGCGGUACAGGCCAAGCCGGUUCAGGCAUGGUAAGAGAAGCCCUAUCUAGAGGUCUGCAUGUAAGAGUGAUGUCCAGACACGCCAGCAAGGUACCUGAAGACAUCAGAAACAAAGUAAAAAUCAUCACAGGGGAUGUACAAAACUACCAAGAUGUAGAAAGUGCAGUAAAAGGAGUAGACGCAGUCAUUGUAGCUAUCAGCACGAAUAAUUAUGAAGACACUUCCAACUACAUGACCAGAGGUCUCCAGAACGUCCUCAAGGCGAUGAAAGCAGCAAACGUCCCCCUAAUCAACGCGCUGCUAUCAGAUUUCGUGUUGAUGAAAACUGAAGACAUUCCGGCGCUGUACAGGAACGCAGUAAAAGACCAGCACGCCAUGUAUGAUGCUCUGAAAUCCUCUGGAUUGACCUACAUAGCCAGCUGCCCGGCUGAUUUUACUCACAGUCCUGCUGAUGGUUACAUAGCCCGAAACGAUGUUUUGCCAGAUGCAACUGGCGAUGCGAAUGUAAUUUCCCUCAACCAAUUGUCCAAGUACUUUAUCGAUGUUCUGUCGCAGCCUGUGCAUUACGGACAUCUAGUCAGUGUGGUCAAUAAAGGCGAAGUUAAGAAAGAUUGAAUUGUGUAGAUGUUUGUAAAACGAGUUUUAUAAUUUCCUGUAAUAUUUCAAGUUGAAUAAAAUACGUUGA